AUGAGUGGAGAAAGCGUGAAGAAGCCCUGGACAGACCUGUUUGCUACCAAUAGAUUGGCGACUCGAGGUAUGAAUCUAAACUACAUACCACCUGUGAUAGUGGAUGGGCAAAAAGUAGUGGAAAUUUUACCUGAGGAUGUAGUUCAAGAUGAUGAGAAAUGGGCUCCAUCAAUAGUAGUUUAUGUGGUGGGAACAACUCCAUCUAUUGGAGCCAUGGAGAGAUUUAUAAUGGGACAGGGUACUUUCUCCACAAAACAUAUAAUCCUAUACCAUGUAGAUGGGUAUUUUGUUGUGAGAUUUGCAAAUGAGGAAGAAAGGGAUAUGGCGUUGUGCUCUGGACCUCACCACCUACUGAGAAGGCAUGUCAUAAUGAAACCAUGGGUUCCGGAGUUCAACUUCAAGGAGGAGAUUCUUACCACCAUCCCAUUGUGGAUUAAACUCCCAAAUCUGCCUCUUAACUAUUGGAAUUCAGUUGUUUUAAGUAAGAUAUGUAGUUGUUUGGGAAAGCCCUUGUACGCAGAUGAAUGUACAACUCAGAUCAGUAGAAUCUCGUUUGCCAGGAUAUUAGUGGAAGUAGAUAAAUGUCUACAAGUGGGGCAUUCAUAUGUGGAAAAACUAGAGGCACCUAUACAGUUCCAAAAGAAAAAUCAGGGACAAGGGCAUAGGAAAGAAUGGAUACCCACCACAAACAAGGAGCAAGGAUAUGAUAAAAAGCAGGUUGAAUCAAACCAACAAGAGAAAUCAACUCAUGAGAAGGAUGAAACAUCACGGGGACAAGGAGAAUGGCAUACUGUUACACAUAUAGCUUCUAUUAGAAGAGAAUCUAGAAAUAUCCAAGAUUCAAGAGGAGGGCAGAGAACUCUACCAGGGGUCAUGAUUCAUGAGGAAGGACAAAUGAGUGGAGAAGGAAGUGGUGGAAUGGAUAUGACAUCUAUACAACCAUCAAUUCAUGAUAGUGACAUGGAAUGCGAGGGGUUUUAA